AUUAUAAGUAGUGGGGGUAACUACAACAUUUCCUGGUAUCACAGAAUUCAGAUUAAGACACUAGUUUGAAGCACGGGUUAGGAAAUGAGGGGAAAAGGACGAAGAACAGGGGCGGAUGAUUAUGUGAAUACACAGAACUGGCAUCCAGACAUGUCUGAUCACACUGAGCUGAAAGACAAGAAGAAAACAGAAAAAAUUUUAAUAUCUGCUUUUGUUCUCAUCUUAAUACUUGGUGCUUUAUCAGCACUCUGUGCUGUAGGAAUCCUUUAUCACAAUAAAGGAGUCUCAUAUGAGAUAUUAAGUGAGCAGUAUGCUAAUGUUACUGCAACAUUGAUGAUGCAAGAAAACAAAACCAAAGAGAUAGAAAAACUGCAUGAAACACUGAAGAUGGAGCUUCAGCAAGUUCAGGAAGAUCUCGCAGCAUGCAGUGCAAAUCAAAACAAGGGACAAUGUGAGAAAGGAUGGAAGUCUCUUGGUUUAAAGUAUUACUACUUCUCCUGUUUUAAACUGAACUGGACACAGAGUCGAGAUUACUGUGUGGAGACGGGAGGCCAUCUGGUCAUAAUAACCAGCCAAACUGAACAGGAUUUUGUAGCUUCACAAAUCAGAGAAACACACUGGAUUGGCUUGAAUGACUUGGAGACUGAGGGACAGUGGAUGUGGGUCAACAACCAGCCCUUAAAGGAGACGGGUGUAAUGUUCUGGUACAGCGCUCCAGAGGGACCAAAUGAGCCUGAUAACUGGAAAAUUCAGGACCCUUCUGGAGAGAACUGUGCUGCUCUGGGGGAUGAAAAUGGUAACAUAAAUAAAUGGUUUGAUGCGUCUUGUAGUAAGAAAAAACAGUGCAUCUGUGAAAAGUAA